GGGGGGGCGGCGGGGUGCCGCCCGCCCUGGAGAAGAACGCGGCCGAGCUGACGGUCAUGGACGUGUACGACAUCGCCUCGGCCGUGGGGCAGGAGUUUGAGCGGGUGAUCGAUCAGCACGGCUGCGAGGCCAUCGCCCGCCUCAUGCCCAAGGUGGUGCGGGUGCUGGAGAUCCUGGAGGUGCUGGUGAGCCGCAACCACAUCAACCCCGAGAUGGAGGAGCUGCGCCUGGAGCUCGACCGCCUGCGCCUGGAGAGGAUGGACCGCAUCGAGAAGGAGCGGAAGCACCAGAAGGAAUUAGAACUGGUGGAGGAUGUCUGGAGAGGGGAAGCACAGGAUCUUCUUACCCAAAUUGCACAGCUGCAGGAGGAGAAUAAACAACUGAUGACAAACUUGUCUCACAAAGACAUUAAUUUCACAGAAGAGGAAUUUCAGAAGCAUGAAGGGAUGUCAGAGAGAGAGCGGCAAGUCAUGAAGAAGCUGAAGGAAGUGGUAGAUAAACAGAGGGAUGAAAUCAGGGCAAAGGACCGGGAACUUGGACUUAAAAAUGAGGAUGUAGAGGCUCUCCAGCAGCAGCAGAACAGGCUGAUGAAGAUUAACCACGACCUGAGGCACCGGAUCACGGUGGUGGAGGCGCAGGGGAAGGCGCUGAUCGAGCAGAAGGUGGAGCUGGAAGCGUAUCUGCAAACCAAGGAGCAGGAGAUGGGCAACCUGAGAGCAGAGCUGGGCAAGCUCAGAGAAAAGCUGCAGGGGGAGGACAGCCAGGCCAGCCAAAAUGGGGAGGAAGUAAAGGCAGAACCAAACAAUGAUGAUUGUCUCUCUGAGUCAGAAAAGAUGGCAAUGGACUUGAAAGAUCCCAAUCGCCCAAGAUUCACCCUGCAGGAGCUCCGGGAUGUCCUUCACGAGAGGAAUGAACUGAAAUCCAGAGUGUUUUUGCUUCAAGAGGAGCUUUUAUAUUACAAAAGUGAGGAAAUGGAAGAAGAAACGAGAUCCCCACAGCCUACACCCAUAAUUCAGCCCAAACCCUCAACUCAGCCUGAAUCUGGAAUCAAACGACUGAUCUUUACAGCCAUAAUGCCCAUGGUAGCAGCUGGAUUGAUUCCAGAUGAUCCCACAUUGCAGCCAAUAAGAAGACUUGUGUCCCUUGUUUAGUUUCUUCUCUCGUGAUAAGAAACGGAUGCAGGCGUCACAGAAAAAUGUCCACUUCCAGGGAACUUUUGGAGAAUGGUCACAUUCAA